AUGUUUCUCAUACCUCUCCUACCCCUGCUCCCCUCAGCCCAGGCGUUCCUCCUCUUCGCACAACCACUCGUCCUAGCCCGUAUGGACCCCAUCGUCCAGCCCCUCCAGGCAUCGCAGCACACCCACCUCGUCGUCGGCGGCUCGGCAUUCCAGUCCACCUAUUCCUACAUCUCCUACGCUUCUGCGAACUGUACGACGAUGGAGGCCAAGGUUGACAAGAGUAAUUAUUGGACUUCGCCCGUCUUUGGACGGAAGGGAGGGAAGUAUAAGCCUUUGCCAGUGCACGAGGUGAGGGUGUACUACCUCCAGCAGGGGGAAGAACCCACCACCGCGUUUCCAGAAGGACUCAAGAUGCUCGCGGGGAACGCCAUGUCACUCAACUCCACCGGAAACGCCUACGACGGCAGCAAAUACGCGACCUUUGACUGUCAGCAAGAUCUCUCCAACCCGACGGACGGGCUGGCGAUGCGCGGGUUCCCACCGUACAAGUGCCAGGGGUUCCUGCGCGCUUCCGUGCCCUUCCCAAACUGCUGGGACGGGAAGAACACGGAUUCCACGGAUCAUCAUGCGCAUGUCGCGUAUGCGGAGAAUGGGGGUGGCGGCGAUUGCCCCGACACGCAUCCCGUUAGGUUCCCGCAGCUUGUACUCGAGUUUGGAUACGUUUCGCAUGAGUAUGAGCCGCAUGAACUGAUCAUGUCUAACGGGGAUACGACGGGAUACAGCCUACACUCAGAUUUCGCCAUGGGAUGGAAUAGGAACAUCCUCAGCGCAGCACUCGCCGACCCAACAUGUCAACACCGGCAGAACCUGUACACCGCUGACACUGGGGGUGAAUGUCUCACUCUCCUACCCCACGCGGACAAGGCCGCUUCCCAAUCCUGCGAACUGGAAGGGUAUAUCCCCCAGGAAGAAGUGGGCUUAUUAGGCCCGCUCGGGAAGUUGCCGGGGUGUAACGUCCCUUGGAGAAAAGGGGACCGGCCGUGUAUGGAGGCGGAUGAAGUGGGGUACGGGAGGCCAGGGAGGUGGGUUGGGUGGAGUGGGGUUAUACUGCCGGUUUGGGCGCCUGCGGGGAGGGGGAGGAGGGAGUCGGCGGUCGUGCGCCGGGGGCAGUAACGCGCUCCCUCCUUUGUUCCCCUUCUGGCUUCCCAAGUCGUCCCCCUUUCUUCAAGUUCCUUCUGUCAGAUGCACUUCCGCCGGACCCGCAGAAAGGCCUAACGGGUGGACAACGCCCACCAUUCGCUCGUUUCCUCUGUUUUGGAGCAGCCUAAACAGCUAUGCUUGUAGCUCUUUUUGUUACUG